UGUGUGUGAGUGUUAUUCUCCUUCUUCCUCUUCUUCUUCCCCAGAAAAGAAAUAUAAAAAUAGAACCUUUUCUAGUUUCUCUCAACUUGCAGAAGAAGAAGCGAUUUACACAAGGACAUAAUUUUAUAGUAACUAUGGAGCGGCUGGUUUCUCAUCCUCCUCUCAUGAUUGUCUCAGACCUUGAUCAUACCAUGGUUGAUCAUCAAGAUCAUGAGAAUCUAUCUCUUCUCAGGUUCAAUUCAUUGUGGGAGGAUGCUUAUCGCCGUGACUCUCUUCUUGUCUUCUCUACUGCAAGAUCACCAAUUCUUUACAAAGAAUUGAGAAAAGAGAAACCUCUGUUGACCCCUGAUAUCAUCAUUACCUCAAUAGGAACCGAGAUAGCAUUUGGUAACUCCAUGGUUCCUGAUCAUGCUUGGGUUGAAACUUUGAACAGCGAUAAAUGGAACCGGGAAAUAGUCUUGGAAGAAACCAAAAAGUUCCCUGAGUUAACUCUUCAGCCAAAAACUGAGCAGAGGCUUCACAAGGUCAGCUUUUACAUUGAUGAAGGUAAAGGUGAGGCAUUGACCAAGGAACUAUCACAAUUGCUGGAGAAACGUGGCUUGGAUGUCAAGAUCAUUUACAGUUGGGGAAAGAAUGUGGAUGUUAUACCGCGAGGUGCAGGUAAAGGAGAAGCCCUCGAGUAUCUGCUCAAGAAGCUGCAGGGUGAAGGAAUAUUUCCAGUCAAUACUCUUGCUUGCGGUGACUCUGAACAUGAUGCUGAACUAUUUAGCAUUCCUGAUGUUCACGGUGUUAUGGUGAGCAAUUCCCAAGAAGAGCUAUUGAAGUGGCGUUCUGAAAAUGCUUUGCACAAUCCAAAGGUUAUACAUUCGACAGAGAGGUGUGCGGAUGGGAUUAUUCAAGCCAUUGGUCAUUUUAAGCUUGGUCCACACAUUUCUCCAAGAGAUGUUUCUGAAUAUUUGAAUCGCAAGACGGAUAUUUCGAAUCCUGGUCAAGAGGUUGUGAGAUUUUACUUGUUCUACGAGAGAUUGAGACGCGGUGAGAUCAAGAACUAUGAGACAUACAUAGCCAGCUUCAAAGAGUCUUGUCUCCAAGCUGCUAUCUUUUUCCAUCCAUCCGGUGCAGAGAAAUCUCUGAGAGACACCAUUGAUGAGCUCAGCAAUUGUCAUGGAGACAAAAGAGGGAAGAAGUUUUGGGUUUGGGUAGAUCAGGUUCUGGUAAUGGACACCACUCCUGGGAAAUGGACAGUGAAGUUUAAUAAGUGGGAACAAUGCGAUGAUGAACGUGAAUGCUGCACAACGACUAUCGAAUUCACUUCGAAGGGAGGAGAUUUGGAGUGGGAGAAGGUGGAGCAGAUAUGGUCAGAGGAAUCAGACGUGAAGGAUGAUGAUAACAGUUCUUGGAUUCUCUAAAUAUUUUGGAGACUGUUCUUCUCUUUCACAUGUCUGAAUUGGUAUGCACAUUCUUCAAGAUCUGUCUUCCCUUUCCCCAUAUAGGCAUUAUAAGUUUUUGAACGUUUCUUGGUAAAUUUUAAAGAAUAAUAGUACUACUUUGGUAGGAGGUUUAUGGGGAAAAAAUAUAUAUAUUUAUAUUAAAAUGAGGGCCCAACCGGGUUCGAACCGGUGACCUCUUGAUCUGCAGUCAAAUGCUCUACCACUGAGCUAUGGACCCAUUGUUGUACACCAUGGCUAUCUAAAACAAUUUUAUCUAUAGAUCAUGGUCAAAAACUUUGUACUGUAUAUUCAUAAGCUUUUGGAAUAUGUAAGGUAAAUAAGAAAACCUAGUCAUACUUAUACAUUA